AUGAAAAUAUCACAUCAUCAUCGUCAUCAUCGGAACCUAUUCGCGCCUCAACGAAAUGUUGUUGUUGGCAGUGGUCAAAUGAGUCGAAUGAGUCGAAUGAGUGGUGGUGGUACGAGUGGUGGUACGAGUGGUGGUGGUGGUGGUGUUGUUGUUGUUGUUGGCAGUGGUAGCUAUGAACGGUCCACUCUGAAUCAUAGAGUACAACAACAACAACAACACAACACAUCCAUUUCUUCCAUCGUGAUCAUGGAAGAUCAACUCUCUCCUGCCAGUUUAUUAAGUGAGGCUAUCAUGGAAGAUCACAAUGAUCACGAAUUGAUGAUUGGUGAAUCAUUCAUAAAUGUUGAUGCUUGUGUUGUUCAUGAUGAACAACAAGAGAUGAAAUCAUCCUCCUCCUCCUCACUCUCAUCACUAGUAUAUAGCUCUCAACAUUUGGUGGAUCCUCUUGAAUUAUUAUUAAUAAGGAAUGAGUUCAAUUCCUUUCCGAAUGAACACCAAGUGUUUUAUUCCCAACCAACAACCAACAACAACAACAACAACAACAUGGAUCACCCUAAAGAAGAUACCACAACAACAACAACAACAACAACAACUGGUCAUGAUGACACUCCUCUCAACCAACAACAACAACACCAUUUCCAGCUUAAACAGGCUGAUGCGGAGGAGUAUGCUUCCUUACACCCAUUAUUAUUACCUCAUGAUCAAUUUUACGCACCUCUACCAUCAUCAUUCUCAAGUUCCACCUCUUCUCCUCUUUCCUUAAACGAAGAAUUUGAAGAAAAAUACUCCUCCUCGUCAAGCAGCCUCAUUCACGUUGAGCAAAAGAAUUCAAAGGAUCGCAUCAAACAUCAUCAGCCUCUACUCACUACUACUGGUGUGGUCAUGACCAUUCGAGAGUCGUCGUCGGAAGAAGCACUUUUGAAUCAUCCUACUACUACUACUGCUACUACUACUGGUACGAAUAAUAACAACACUCAAGCAGUAGUUUCUUCAGAUUCGGGAGAAGAUGGAACGAAACCCAUAUGGAAUUCUCAUGAACAAUACCGAGAUAAAGACCAACACUCUAUUAAACAAGAAAGUCAUUCGGAAUGUUCAAUUGAAGAGGAGGAGAAGGAUCACGAGCAUCAUCAAGCACUUGUGGGUAGAAAUCCUCAUCAACACGAAAUAGUUCCCUCCCAUCAUGACUCUUUCCAACAAGCCUUAAUAUUGGACGAAUCAUUAUUAUUGAAUUCUAAAGUAUUAGAAAAUUCUCAACAACACCUUCAAGAGAUACAUGAUAACGAAUCCAAUGGUGACAUCCAUUCAAAGAGUUCUCUUCCAAUGAUUCGUUCUAAAUAUUCAGCAAUUGGUUUUGAAGUCGUUGAAGACAUUAUUGAAGUGGAUUCAAGAAAUGCUUCCUCUCUGGAUGUCCAUGAAAAAGAGUAUGUCAAUGAAUAUUCAUCCAAGCAUGAGGAUUAUCAUUGCUUGGAAUCAAUACAACAAAGAGAUCAGUCCAUUCAUACCUCAAUCAUGAUGACUACAGAACACACGAAAGAUGAUUAUUUGCAACAACAACAACAACAACAACCAUUCGAUCCUGUCCUUCAUCAUGACCGAUCUUCCAAUUCGAAUUCACCCACACACUCUUCCAUGACACGACGUCAUACAAGACAUCAUCACAGCUCUUCCUACUCGUCUAACUCUUCGUCGUCUCUUAACAAGUUAAUUGUACUCACAUCAUCCUCGAUGAAAAACUCUCAAAUCCAAAAUAACAACAAACCCUUAAAACAACACAUGUCCAAGCACAAUGCCUCAUCUACUGUCAUGUCAUCCAACAAUCAAACACCUCCUCUUUCACCCAAUGCUGUCAAUCACUUACACACCACUCAUCAACCUUCUUUGAUAACAAAAUCAAAACCCUCAAAAACAAAGAAUAUCUUUGCAUCUUCCUCUGUUAAUAUUCCGAAUCAAACCUCCGUGAAACCAAGCGCUCUCAUUUCCAACAAUUAUUCUUCAAAUACAUCAACUUUUUCUUCAAAAUUAUUCCUUAGAGAGUGGGAUGCAACAACACAACCAUUAACACGAUCCAAACUAUUGUAUUCAUUUGUAGAAUCAUGUCAACAUUUAUCAUGUCGAGAAUUAGAAGCCAAACUUAAAAACUAUUAUGAAUUAAUAUUCACAAGAAUAUUGGGAUAUUUUCAGUUAAAUUAUUUACAUUGUAAUGAUCUUUCAAUUCAAAUCAAAGCACUUGGAUUAUUUAUGAAAGAGUACAAACCCUUAAUAGAUUUUAUUGAAAUUGGUGGAACGCAAAUAUUGUUAGAAAUAUUAGGAUUUCACUAUUAUAAACAAGAAUUAGAAGAUAAGAAUGAAUCUCUCUCUUUAUUGACAAGUAUCGCGAGCAAUGGAAGAAAGUUUAAAGAAGUUAUUUGUUAUGACAAUGGAAUUUCAUUGCUAAAGAAUGUCAUACUCUAUCUUCCAUCCAGUGAAUCAAUUCAUUUAGCCACUUGUUUUUUUAAAAGUAUUUUUAAUGGAAAUCCAAAAUAUGAAAAGGAAAUCUUGGAGAUGAUUUUAAAUGUCUUCUCUCAACAUUCUUCACCAUUCAAUUGGAAGGAUAUGAGUGGUUAUCUAUCAUCAGCUAGUACUCCGAGAAGAAACAAUCCAAGCAUUGGCAAUGAAAUAACACCAAGAAGUUCAUCUCUAAUAUCUCCAAGAGUGAAUCCUCUUCCUCUCACUCUGGAAACGAACAAUACAACGGAUUCAUCCAAUUCUCCAUCAUCAUCUAAAAGGAGUCAUUGGACAACCAUUAUUGAAGCAUUCAAAUCUCCAAGAGGAAUUAGAGCUGAUGAUUUUAAAAGAUCAACUGUGUUUGAUUUCAUUGCAUCACCUCGACUCUCUGCCAAUUCUCUUCAACAAUCUCCUCCCCAAAAUAAUUCACCAGUUGCUCUUCCAACUGUUCGAGAUUCAUUAUCACUGUCCUCUCAGUCAUUGUUACUGCUUUAUUCAAUCAUUCGAGAAAUAUCUAAAGUAGUGAAAAUAGAAAGACUUAGAGAAACGAACAUUAUUGAUGUUUUAUUCACUAAUUUGAGUAAUGAAGAUUUUCGAGUGGUGAAAGAGAGUAUAUCAAUCAUUCAACUCUCCAUGAGUUAUCAAGAUGAAAAUGAAGUAUUUGCUGAUAUUAUUUUACACAGAGUCAUUCAAGGAAUUUCAAUGGUCACCAUUUUGUUAGGUAAAAAGAGAUUUAAAAAUCUGUUACAAUCACUUUUCAAGGAAGAACAAACUAAAAAGACAGACCAAACACUUUCGAAACAACAUCAAGUGAAACAUUUUCAUCAUUUAAUGUUUGGAAUAUGUUCCAUUUUGAAUACAUUAAUUGAGAAAGGUAGUAGAAAUAUUUUCAAAAGAAUCAUUGAGACCAAUGUAUUGUUAAUGUUGUUUGAGAGUGUGAUUGUGAUUAAAGAAAAAUAUGGAGAGAAUGAAUAUCAUUUAGAUGGUAUCAAGGAAAUGACCAUGUUCUUUAGAAAUUUGGUCAUACGUUUUGAGGAAUGGAACAUGUCUUUAUCGUUCAUUCAUCCACGGAACAUUUUACAACAAAUUCUUGGUGAUGAAAUCACUCGAACGUUAUUGGUGAUGAACAACAAUCAAUGUGACAACAAGACGAAUUCAUUCCAAAAAGAAACAAAUUUUUAUCUCUUCCUUCAAGAUGCCAUUCAGAGAACUUUGUUUGAGCAAGUGAGACAGACAUCUUUGGCUCGAAAGUGA